AUGGCCUCCUACUUAGGUAAUCAUCAGUUCGGUGUGGGGAUCCCUUGUAGGGGAGAAGUUAUCUUACAUUCGGAUAAUAGGUUAUUGGAGUUGAAAGGGGGACAUGAUAACAUGACCAUGCUUUUAGUUGAUUUCUCCAAUGCUUUUAAUCUUGUGGACAGGACCACUAUGGUCAGGGAAGUCCGAAGCCAAUGCCCCAGCAUUGCCAGGUGGGUAGAUUUUUGUUAUGCUAAGCCUGCCAGACUUUACUACAACGAAUUCACUUUAUAUUCGUCCUUGGAUGUUCCACAAGGGGACCCGUUAGGUCCCUUGUUGUCCGCCCUUACUUUACAUCCACUCGUAUGUAUGAUUUCUUUGCAGUGCCGGCUUGACUUGCACACGUGGUAUUUGGAUGAUGGCACGUUGGUAGGGGAUACAUUGGAAGUGUCGAAGGCCUUGAGCAUCAUUCAGUCAGAGGGUGGUAGUAGUGGGAUUCAUUUGAACAUCAAGAAGACCGAGAUUUUCUGGCUGGUGGUGGAUCCUAGGAGUUUAGAUGACAGUGUUUUCCCGUUGGACAUUGGUAGGCCUUUUAUAGGGGUCAAACUGUUGGGAGGAUCGGUCAGUUUCGAUCUCCAAUUUUGCAGUGAUCUAAUUUGGGCCAGGGUUGAUAAAACUGUCACCUUAAUGGAUGUUAUAAAGAAGCUGAAAUACCUUCAAAGCAAGCUCCUUUUUUUACGCAGUUGCAUCGGUGUCUCUAGGCUGUAUAUUUCCUUGAGGACCACCAAUCCCCUUGCUUUGGAGAGUGCUAAAAACCUUUAUGAUCAACAAUUGUUUCAAUUUUUGAGACAUAUUGUUACAGGUGAUGUUGCAGGCUUUGGUCAUCUACAGCAGCGCAUUGCCACCUUGCCGAUGAAAGAUGGCGGCCUUGGUGUUUACACUAUGGAGGACACCAACUAUUAUUGA